AUGCUGGUGCGCUCAAUUCUUUCGCGGUACACUCCGUGCGACGUUUCAGAUGCUCUCGUGCAAUUUGGCGUCAAAAACGGCGGAUACUUGCCAAAUUUGAUCAAGCGCUCGGCUUUAAGUACCACACAAUCUACUGUGGGUCAAGCAUAUACUGUGUUGUAUGCGCCUAUUGAUGAUCCAAGACCCGCGAUCAAGCAAUCCUAUAUUGAUGAAGUUCCAAGCUCUAGUGUGGUAGUCGUUGCGUUGCCUGAACUGCAACAGAUGGUGUCGGCUCCGUAUGUGACCGUGAACAAUGCAUUGUAUGGUGGACUCAUGCUGACAAGAGCUAGUUAUAAAAAGGCUUCAGGCACAGUUGUUUUUGGUCGUAUUCGCGAUCUUUCCGAGCAUCGCGAGCUCAAUUUUCCAGUGUGGCUGUAUGGCGUAGGAUCAACUGCACCAGGGCCUGUUGUGAAAGUUGUCGGAAUUAAUGUUCCAGUGCUGGUAAAAGUUGCAGAUAUUAGCGGUACUGGAUUUCAGUCGAUUCUUAUCAACCCUGGUGAUUUCAUGGUCGCUGACGAGAAUGGUGUCGUUAGAUUGCCAAUAGGACAUACAGAGGGGCCAGAAGCACAAAUUGACCUCGAUAAAGUGCUCGAAUAUAUUCCAAAGCGAGUCAAUGCAGACACAAAAGUCAGCGAGGAUAUCAAGAACGGUGUUCCUGCCGCUGAGGCACAGAAGUAUUGGCGGAGUAAGAUCUAA